AUGGAUAUUGAUGAGUCUGAUGACGAAUUCAUAGAAAGAGAUACAGAGCAUGAAAGUCAAACUGGAGUUGCCAAUCGGACAAGACGAAAGGCUGUGAAAUCUGCUGAGAUAAAGGGAGCUAAUGGAGGAUAUUCAUGGGAAGACGAAUAUCAACGAAGUUGGGAUAUAGUGAAAGAAGAUGAAGCAGGAAGUUUAGCAGGGAUUGUUUCAGGUCUUUUGGAAUCAAAGAAGAAAAGAAUCAUUAAAAAUGUCACUCCAUUUCAAAGAGGUAUCAUAAGAAAUUUGAUUCUAGUAUUAGAUUUAAGCAGCUCCAUGCUAGAGAAAGAUCUAAGGCCUAACAGACAUUCAAUGGCUAUAUCUUUGGCCAUUCAAUUCGUUACCGAAUUUUUUGAUCAAAACCCAAUCUCACAGCUAGGGAUAAUCAUAAUGAGGAAUGGUAUUGGACAACUUGUUAGCCAGGUUAGUGGCAACCCCCAAGAACAUAUUGAUGCAUUGAAAUCUAUAAAAAAAUUGGAACCAAAAGGAGAUCCCUCCCUUCAAAAUGCUCUCGAAAUGGGUCGAGGUCUUCUUAUGCAUGUUGCGUCCCAUUGUACCAGAGAAGUUUUGAUUGUUGAUGGUUCAUUACUUUCUUUGGAUCCCGGGAAUAUUCACAAAACGGUGAACUCAUUGGUUGAAGAGAAAAUAAGGGUUAAAAUUAUUGGUCUGUCAGCACAAGUAUCCAUAUGUAAGGAAAUUUGCAAAAAGACGAACUAUGGAGAUGAAAGCUGUUACAGCGUUAUUUUAAAUGAACAUCACUUUAAGGACUUAUUUAUGGAUGCAGUUAUCCCCUUGCCAGUGAACAAGAUAAACAAGAGUUUUACAUUGGUUAAAAUGGGCUUUCCCUACAGAGUUUCGGAAGAAGUUCCAUCAUUUUGCUCCUGUCAUUCAAAAUUAACUUAUGGUGGGUAUAUCUGUCCCAAUUGCAAAUCUAAGAUAUGCUCCUUACCCACCAUAUGCCCCUGCUGUAACACAAUGCUGAUUUUAUCAACCCAUCUUGCCCGUUCAUAUCAUCAUCUCAUACCUUUGAAGAAUUUUAUGGAAGUACCUGUAUCGGAUAACUAUUCGUCAUUAAAUUGUUUUGGAUGUCAGAUUGAUUUUCCAGCACCAUCAUCGUCCCAAUUAACCAGCUCAAGGUACGUGUGUACGGAAUGCAGUAACCAUUUCUGUAUUGAUUGUGAUGUUUUUAUUCAUGAAAUCCUUCAUAAUUGCCCAGGAUGUGAAAUAUCAUAG